AUGGGUUUGACGGAACAAUGCUCCGCCACCUUCCUCUCCACCGGCAACCCCUGCCUCGACUUCUUUUUCCACAUCGUCCCCAACACUCCCGCCGAAAAAUUGGUCGAUCGGCUCAACCUGGCCUGGGCUCACGAUCCCCUCACUGCGCUCAAGCUGAUCUGCAAUCUGCGAGGGGUCAGGGGAACCGGCAAGUCGGACAAAGAAGGGUUCUACGCGGCGGCGCUCUGGCUCUACUGCCACCACCCGAAAACACUCGCUCUCAACGCUAGGGCUUUGGCGGAAUUCGGCUAUUUCAAGGAUUUCGUCGAGAUUCUGUUCCGGAUCCUCGAAGGCCUCGAUGUGAGGAAGAAAGCCAAGGAGGAGAGGCAAGAGGUGCGAACGGCCAAGGCGGUGGCCAAGAGGAGGAGGAGAUAUCCGCACUUGUACGGCGAUGAUGACGACGAAAAUUCGGAGGCAGGAGAAGAAGAACCAGAGGACGAGGAAGCUGAUCUUCGAACCAUCAAGAAGGCGAAGAAGUCGAAGAAACCCGGCGACGGAGACGAGGCCUCUGCCAAGCCGAUCGACAAGGAAACGGCGAGAGCGCUGCGCAAGCAGCGAGAGAUUGCUAAAGCGGCGAAGGCGUUGAAGAAGUACAAUUCCGAUCCCAAUUACAGGCUCCUGUUCGAUUCGAUUGCAGAUCUCUUUGCAGAUUUGCUGAAAUCCGAUAUCGCGGCCCUGAAAUCGAAGGAUUACUCGAAGAUCACUCUGGCGGCGAAGUGGUGCCCUUCGAUCGACUCCUCCUAUGACAAAUCCUUGCUAAUCUGUGAGGCAAUCGCUCGCCGGAUGUUCCCCAAGGAGAGCGAGAAGGACUACGAAGCCGCGGAAGAAUCCCACUACGCUUUCCGCGUGCGAGACAGGCUUCGAAAGGAAAUCCUCGUCCCUCUCCGCAAAGCCCUCCAGAUUCCGGAGGUUUACAUGAGCGCACGAAACUGGAAUUCUCUUCCUUACGGCCGAGUUCCAUCGGUGGCUAUGAAGAACUACAAGGAUCUGUUCGUCAAGCACGACAAGGAGAGGUUCCAGGAGUAUCUGGAGAAAGUGAAGGCCGGCAAGGCGAAGAUCGCAGCAGGGGCGUUGCUCCCCCACGAGAUCAUCGCCCAGCUGAACGACGACAGCGAUGGAGGGGCCGUGGCGGAGCUUCAGUGGGCGAGGGUGGUGGAGGACAUGUCGAAGAAAGGCAAGCUGAGCAACUGCCUUGCCGUUUGCGAUGUGUCAGGUAGCAUGUCCGGGACUCCAAUGGAGGUUUGCGUGGCACUUGGGCUGCUGGUUUCGGAGCUAAGCGAGGAGCCGUGGAAAGGGAAAGUUAUCACUUUCAGUGAAAAACCUGAGCUCCAUCUGGUGCAGGGGGAGACGCUCCAGGAGAAGACUGAAUUCAUCAGGAGGAUGGAGUGGGGGAUGAGCACCAAUUUCUACAAGGUGUUCGACAAAAUUCUGGAUACGGCGGUUGCAAACAACCUGACGGAGGAUCAGUUGAUAAAGCGGGUGUUCGUGUUCAGUGACAUGGAGUUCCACCAGGCAUAUGCGAACCCCUAUCCCCACCGCCACUAUGCACCAUAUGGCGGCCACUUCCCAAUCUAUGGCGGUGGUGGUGGUGGCUUCGGAGGAUCUGAGGUGGAGGAGGAGGAAGUGCUGCAGCCAAGGAGUUGGGAAACGGAUUAUCAGGCGAUACAGAGGAAGUUCGGGGAGAAGGGGUACAGCAGGGUGCCGGAGAUCGUGUUCUGGAAUCUGAGGGACUCUUCGGCCACACCGGUGGUGGGAACACAGAAUGGGGUGGCGCUGGUGAGUGGGUUCUCGAAGAAUUUGCUGACGAUGUUCAUGGAUGGAGGUGGGAUAGUGAAUCCAGAGGAUGUGAUGGGGUUAGCCAUUGCUGGGGAGGAGUACAAGAAGCUUGUGGUGUUCGACUGA